UGCUAUUCUGUGUCAACAGUAUCAUCACACACAGUCUUAGACCAACUCGCCACAAGCAAGAAAAGCGCAUUGCAGCUUUUAGCAAAGCGGUAUACUUUAAUAGCCAUCAUCAUAGAUUCUAAAACAAAAACUCAACAGCAAGAAGCAUCUGCAAUUGAAGAACAAUCAAUUUCCACUAUAUUAGAACAACCAAUCUAAUCGCAAUGAGUUUUGAAAGCGUACCAUCCAAGUCAGAGGUGCUUUGCUGGAACUCUGGAAACUUGGCUGAUUAUCUCAAAAAAAUGAAACUGUUGGGGUGUGACAGAGUGGUGAAGAAAAGCAAUAUGAGUGGUGCAAAAUUUUUGAGCAUGACUGAUAAGGACCUUAAGAAAUUCCCUGCAGCGCACAUACCAUUUAUCACAAAGAUCUGCAGAGAUAUCAAUCAGAAUAUCAAACAAAAGAAGACUCUGUUUCAUAGAUCAGAUCAUCGGAUGCCUCCAAACCAAGAACCUAAUCCAGGAGGUUGGGAUUCUGAUGAAUUUGACCAAGAUGAAAGUGACAAUGACUAUGAAGAGCCGGAUAAUGCUAACGAGUUUGAAGACAAUUACAUAUGCGCAGCAUCAUGUGAAAUUGAGGAUGAUAAGGAUGAUGAGGAUGACUAUGAACCACCUCCUACCGAAACGCCUUCUGAAUUCCCGCCUCACUUUCGUGUUGCCAAGCCUCUUGGCGAUGGUGAUUAUUUAGACAGCGGCCCACGUGGUUCUGCAAGGCCACAUCAAGACAAGUCAACGUCUCUUCCCAGAGGGCUUUUGAACAUAUCUAAGCCUCCAUCACGACCGGAUCCCUCUCCACACAGGCCUUUCAUCCCCCCCAGUCAAUGCAAACCUGGUAUGCCAAUGAUAGAUCGGAGUAAGAAACCUGGCUCAUCUACUCCAUCAAAAAAAGAAACUGGUAAAUCAGCAAUAAAUCAAGUGGCUCCGAAAUCAGCAAUUUUACCCGCACAAAGAUUUAAUGUGCAACAGAGGGAUGACCUUCCUCCUCCACCCGUAGAAAUGAUGGGGCAGGACAUGGAUCCACGGUGGUAUGUCGGGCAAAUGUCACGAGGAGAAGCUGAAGUCUCACUCAGACAGAUGAAUAGAGAUGGCACUUUCUUGGUGAGAGACAGUUCAAAGGGCUGCACAGAGCAGCCAUACACACUCAUGAUGCUGUACCAGCAAAAAGUGUACAACAUCCAGAUCCGUUUCCUUGGAAACAGCAAAGGAUAUUCCCUGGGCACGGGCCUAAAUGGUGUUGAGAAUUUCUCCAGCGUCAUGGACAUGGUCACGCACCAUAUGAAGACCCCACUGAUUCUCAUAGAUGGAAUGGAGCGUGGAGCCGGACUUCAUCGGCAGUGCUGCCUCAUGCACCCAGCAGGUUUCUGACCCACAAAGCAGAAAAGCAAUCUAAAUAAUGCCGACUGGAUUCCAGCGUCAAACAGACUUUGAUGGAAUUCAGAAACUUUGUCUGGUGAAGUAGCACAAUUGCAAUCAAUUGGCAAACAACACCAUGAUAUCUAAGCAUUGGAAAAAGUAUUGCAAGACUAAAUUAACAAAUCAUAUACGGUUUAAUUGUAUACACUUAACAAUUAUUGUUAAAAUCAAGAAACAUUUUUAGAUUUAAGGACAGAUGCAAAUGUACUUAUAUAUUACUAUAAUGUAACUCUUUAAAAUGCACAUUUGUCUUCUCUUAACUAAAUAUUUCUUUUGCUUUUAGUGUUUUGUAAUAAAUUGUCGUGUUUAAGUAAAAAAGCACUUCUCUGGAGUUACAUAUUUAGUCUUCCAUCGUCUG